CAUGGGUAAUGUAGUCCUGAGGGAAAAGUGCGCCACGGCUGAUAUAACGCUCAGACGAACAUGCAUUUAAACAGCACCACAGCAGUGAUCUGGCUUUUAUGCGCUGUUUUUGCGGUAACCGAGUCAGAGCCGUGUGAAGUGUGUGUGGGAUUUUUAGAACGUCUUUACAGGUCUUUGGCUGCGACUCGCAGGGAGCUGUCCUCAGCACUUGUAGAGGAGGAGCUUAUUAAAGCAUGUGCUGAAGCUAAAGGGAAAGAGAGCCGACUAUGUUAUUACCUCGGAGCCUCCAGUGACGCAGCUGCGAAAGUGACCGGAGAGGUGAGCCGCCCUCUCAGCGCCCAUGUCCCGGUGCAAAAGAUCUGCCAGAGACUCCAGCAAAGAGACCAACAGAUCUGUGAACUGCGAUAUGAACACCAGGUGCUGGACUGGAGUCGAGAGGCUCUGUCUAAGAUGCGAGUGCUGGAGCUGAAGCGAGUCUUGGCCUCGUGGGGAGAGGAAUGCCGUGGGUGCCUGGAAAAGACUGAACUGGUCGAUCUUAUCCAGGAGGUGGCCCCCAAGCACAGCCCAGCUCAGGCCAGGACACACUCUUCGGAACUCUGAAAGCCUCCUAGUGCAGCUGCAUGCUGAGAACAUGCAGUGCAGAUCUCGAAGGUCCUCCUCGUGCAGCUCUGAGCUGAGGAUGCAGAAAUGUGUACGUGAUCUUUGUGGUGAUUGAUGGUUUUGUUCAGGUGUAGGACUUAAACAAUUAAUAAAACUGUUUCAGUGUAUCAGAUCUGAAGAAGCACGGACCAGUUUUGUGACCUACACUUUCUUUGUGAACAAACAGACGAAGCACUUGAGAUGAUUACACUGCAGCUCUUAUCAUUUGUGGGUGAACAUAUCAGGCUUGGUAUCAUUUACAAUGCGUCAUUCUGACUCCCAGAGAAUUGUUUUAAUGUUUGUUUUCUGUUUUUUUUAAUUGUUAAAGUGUUAACUAGGUGGAAUCAGACCCCA